CAUCCCAUAGAUUAUCAAGCGACACUGUCAGGCUCUAGACUAUUCGAACUUUUAGAAAAUUUUAGAAAAAAACUGGAGAGCUUUCUUUCAAAUCGUGCGAUCCUUCCCAGUUUAUACCUUAGACAUUCUUUGGCAAGGGCUGCGAAUCCAGAUUCGUAUAAAACAGUGAUGUGUCAGGCUUGGCUCGAAUCGAAAAUGUGCGCUUUUGGCGAGAAUUGUCGAUUCGCCCAUGGUGAAGCUGAACUUCGACCUGUAAGGUCGGUGCCAUGUCAAAUCAACAAGUAUAAGACGAAGCUCUGUGAUAAAUACACCACGACAGGCUUAUGUCCUUAUGGUGAUCGCUGUUUGUUCAUUCACCCAGAUCAUGGGACCAACGCUUACAUCAGACCUGACAAGCUAGUCGAGGUAAGUGUUGGUCAAUUGCCCGGGCAACCAAAUCCAGUGUUAGCGCACAUCCUUCCACCACCAUCGGUUCCUCUCUUUCCACCACGUACCACUACCAAUAGUGUAACAGCAGCAUGCGGUCGAAGUACGAAUUUUGGCGGUGGCGGUAGCGGUGUAUUUGGCCCUAAUGGGCAGGCUCGAACACAACUGCGCCCACAUCCGAGUUGGCCGCUGGAACCAUCGACCUUCUUCAAAGAGAAGACAGACGAAUUCCGCACGCCGAGUCCGGACGACGCAGCUACACUCGCGAGCGGCAAAGGUGAGCGACUUUUUGCGCAGCCAUUUUUUGAAUAG